CUGACAUGUUUCCACCCACCAGCGAGCAAAAAGCCUCACAGUGGCCCAACAUGCAGCCGCAGACGCGCAGCUCAGACCGCUGACAGCCGCCUUUGGAUUUCUUCUUUCCGAUCAGAAUAUUUAUCAGUGCCAGUCAGGUGGAAGGACGAUUUUUCAACACACGUCACUCUCACUCGCAGAAUUUUCCAAAAGACAAAUGGCCCGUGCAAGGUGUAGAACUGCCCCUCUUCAGGUACACUUUGGGAACUUGUGAUUUAUUUCUUCUUCUCGGGAGAGGAUAUCAUUCGGAAGGGUGGGAUUGUGUUGCAAUUUGAUUAAUCAUCUGGAUAAAUCGUCGACAAGGAAGCGCCUCAUGUUGCCUCGGGUGAGCGUGUUGCCGUCGGACUCCGCCGCCGCGAGAAGCGUCUCCUCGCCGGAGCCGUGUGCGUAAAGGCGCACGGAGGGGCCGCGUCGGAGCUCCGGGAAGGCGGCGGCGGUGGUGGCGGUGCCCAGCCGCCCUCUCCAGCCACCCCCGCCUUCUUUCCUCUGUCGGUCGAGCGGAAGCAGGUGUCAAGAUGUCGCCGCUGCCUUCCAGGUUCUUUUACCUGUGUUUACAUUUCCUGGUCCUCUACUUUCAGCUACAGGAGUCGCAGCAGAGCCCCGACUUUCGUUUCUACAUCGAGAACCACACAAGGAACCCAGACGACGUGAGUCGCAAGCAGGUCCGCAUCUACCAGCUGUACAGCAGGACCACGGGCAAGCACGUGCAGAUCCUCGGAAAGAAGGUCAACGCCAAUGGAGAUGAUGGGGGCAAGUAUGCUCUUCUGGUGGUGGAGACAGAAACCUUUGGCAGCCACAUUCGAAUCAAAGGAAAGGAAAGCCAACACUACAUCUGCAUGAACGAGAAGGGCAAAAUUGUCGGAAGGCCCGACGGCAGGAAGCAGGAGUGCGUGUUCGUGGAGGAGUUCCUGGAGAACAACUACACGGCGCUGGUGUCGGCCAAGUACAAAGGCUGGUACCUGGGCUUCAAUCGCAAGGGCCGGCCCAAGAAGGGUUCGCGCACCACCCAGCGGCAGCAGGAGGUCCACUUCAUGAAGCGGGAUCCCAAGGGCCGCGAGGACCGGAUGGAGGUGUUCCGCUUCACGCCCGUUGCCAAGCGCACGCGGCGAGCCCGCCGGCUAAAAGCCAGGAGGAACUGAUUGAUUGACGGGUGGUUUGAUGGACGGAUGGAUUGAUUGACAGCACUCAGGAGGAUGAACACUCCACAGACAAUCUGGUCUUGAAAAAAACCCCCACAUUUUUAUUUUUCUACUUGACGUGUCCCGCAAUCUUAUUUAUACGCACGGAUAAACCACAGGAAGCUUUUGGGGACGGACGGCAUCUUUGUUGACUGUCAAGCUAGGAGGUGACGCAACGCUGUAAAAAUCAGCCAAGCGGGAUAUAGUGGAAUCUGUUUGUGUUGCCCCGCCAUGACGAGGACGCCAUACUUUCCACUGGAAGAGGACGCCAUGGAGACGGGAGGAAGAAGGUGGGAUGGCGCCACCGGAAUGACUGUGUUGCUUUGAGUGCAAUACUUUACACAGCAUUCUAUUUUUUUAUUGUUUCAACUCAAUUCCACGUCUUACGCCUUCAUCGCAGACGCACUCAUGGGCUUGCCGGAGAAAAACUCUUUGUUCUUUUUGGUGAUGAAGACUACCUCUACCUCCUGGUUUCUUGUUUUCCGAAUCAUGUGCGACCUCUAUGUCUUGCGAUUUCUACUGGGACACUCCUCUAGUGACUUUGCCACCUCCUCUCUCCAGUAAUGUGUACUCACCUGUCUACUGGCAACCUUACUAACAAUGUGACACACACACAUUUAUGAUCUUCUUUUUUUUUAAAUGUAAGCAAAAAUAAUUUUAUGACUAUUAUAAAGAUAUUUAUUGCCUCCCCUUUGUAAAUAAAAAGUUUUAUUUGGCCUCUGUUAAUAAAAUGAGGACUAUAUUUUAAA